ACCUUGAUUAUCUAAUUAACAUUAUAUGAAUAUACAUAGAUUGUGAUACAGGAAAAACAUUUUUGAAAAGAUAAAUUUCAAGGUGCAGAUAACAGCGACAUAUUCAUAACCUCGAACUUCGAAAAUCACAUUAAUCAUUGAUAUUACGAACAUUUAAGCUAGAAAAAUAUGUUCUAUAACUGGCUGGAUCAUGCGAACGUUUUUUACGCUAAUCUGACAUGGUUUCACAUAUUCAGUACAUUUGUGUCAUUCUUUGUUGUGAUUGCAACUGUUUGGAUCUGUCAUAAUAUUCAGGAAAAGGAAACCAUUAGACAAAAAAAUGACAAGGACAGUCCGAUAGCAAAAAUAUAUGGUCUACAGGCACAGUAUAAACAAGCAAGACUAAAAUUGGCUGAACAAAAGUUGACUCCUCAACAACGUAGCAAAGAGAAGGAGAUGGAGUCUCAGACACUAACAGCUGUGCUACAAUUACUUCAAGAAAGGAGUGACAUGUUUCAGGUACAAACACUGGACGAGUUAAAGGAACAACUGAGUCUUUACAGAAGUCAAUAGAAUUGUUUUGACAUUCUCAAUCGAUGUCCCUUAUGCAUCAUCAUUGUUUUUAUAUAUUGUUAAUACAGUAUUAAUAUAAAUGUAAUAUAUAUUAAUAUAUAUGUAUAUACAAGA